CCCCCCCCCGGAGCGCGGCAGGAACCGGGUUCGGCCCGCCUCCCCGCCCGCCCGCCCGCCGCGCCGCGCCGGCCCCCGGAGUGAUGAAAGCCACGGCCGAGUCCGGGUCACGCCGAAGCCGUUGCCCUUUUAAGGGGGAGCCUUGAAACGGCGCCCGGGUUCCAUGUUUGCAUCCGCCUCGCGGGGAGGAAACUCCAUGUUGUAACAAAGUUUCCUCCGCGCCCCCUCCCUUCCCCUCCCCCUCAGAACCUGGCUCCCCUCCCCUCCGGAGCUCGCGGGGAUCCCUCCCUCCCACCCCUCCCCUCCCCCCCGCGCCCCGAUUCCGGCCCGAGCCGGGGGGGAGGCCGGGCGCCGGGGCCAGAGUCCGGCCGGAGCGGCGCGCGCCCGGCCCCAUGGACAGCUCGGCCGUCAUCACUCAGAUCAGCAAGGAGGAGGCGCGGGGCCCGCUCCGGGGCAAAGGUGACCAGAAGUCGGGGGCUCAGAAGCCACGCAGCCGGGGCAUCCUCCACUCCCUCUUCUGCUGUGUGUGCCGGGAAGAUGGGGAGACUCUGCCGGCGCACAGUGGGGCCCCCCUGCUCGUGGAGGAGAACGGUGCCGUCCCCAAGACCCCCGUCCAGUACCUGCUCCCGGAGGUCAAAGCUCAGGACUCAGACAAGAUCUGCGUGGUCAUUGACCUGGAUGAGACGCUGGUGCACAGCUCCUUCAAGCCUGUGAGCAACGCGGACUUCAUCAUCCCGGUGGAGAUUGAUGGGGUGGUCCACCAGGUAUACGUGCUCAAGCGGCCCCAUGUGGACGAGUUCCUCCAGCGUAUGGGUGAGCUCUUCGAGUGUGUGCUGUUCACGGCCAGCCUGGCCAAGUAUGCAGACCCCGUUGCUGACCUGCUGGACAAGUGGGGUGCCUUCCGGGCGCGGCUCUUCCGGGAGUCCUGUGUCUUCCACCGGGGGAACUACGUGAAGGACCUGAGCCGGCUGGGCCGGGACCUGCGGCGGGUGCUGAUCCUGGACAACUCGCCCGCCUCCUACGUCUUCCAUCCUGACAACGCUGUGCCUGUGGCCUCGUGGUUUGACAACAUGAGUGACACGGAGCUCCAGGACCUCCUGCCGUUCUUUGAGCAGCUCAGCCGGGUGGAGGACGUGUACUCAGUACUCAGGCAGCCGCGGCCUGGCAGCUAGUGAGGUGCAACUGGGGCCAGGACCUGCCCCUGACCAGUGCUCACCCCUGGCCCAAGGACCCUGCCUCAAGAGCUCCCAGCGGCCGCAGCCCACCUCGGUGCCUCGAGGAUGACACCCCCCCACCUCCCGGCGAGCAGGCUGCACACGGGGCCACGCGAGUCCCCUGCCCCGGAUCAGUGCCUUAGCUUCCUGGGGUCCCUGCGUGCUGCUCCCCCUCUCUGUCCCCUCUGUGCUGCCAUGUUUCUCUGCUGCCAAACGGGGCCCCUGGACCUCUUCCAGUUCUGCUUGGAGGGGCGGGGUCCCUGCCGUCCCAGGCCUUGGGGGCCGCCCCCCCCCCAGCCCCGAACGGUGGACACCAAGUGCCUUGCACCCUCAUUCCCUGCCACAGUUCCCUACAUCUGGGACGGCGCCUGCCUGGAGAGGAGAACCACUCCCUUCCACGCCUCCCUGGGGACUCCUGCCCCCCCCCCCCUCAGAGAACAAGGGGACCGACCGCGGGGCUGGGGGGGUCAGAACUGUUACCACCUGUGAAGGGGUCAGACUCUAGCCUUAACGUCUCUCACCCCCACCCCCUGAGGCCUGACCCCCCCACAUCUGACUGCCCUGUGCUCCGGAGAGUGGGCGUACGCAGGCUGGACCUCUCUGUGGUGUCAUAUAAAUAUGUAUAUGUGUAUAUAGACUUGGGGAAGGGAAGGAUCGGGUAGACACCGCCUCCCUCCCCCUGCCCCGGGCCCAUAAAUUAGGGGAGGGAGGGGGAGGAUUUUUACAUUUUUUUUAAAUGGCUUUUUUCUGACUGAAGGGAACCCCAGACCCAACCCUCAGUCCGUCAGCCCCUCUCUGCGCCAUCCAUUCAUUCAAAAAACACCAGCACUGCUCUGUGCCAGCCCGUCCCGGAGCCCUGCCAACUGGAGGUGGGCCGGGGGCCGCCUCCCCUCCCCACCCCAUAUCUAACCGGUGCCUUUUGGGGAUCUGCGGAAGGUGGGACCCUUCUUGUGUGGGGAGGGGGUUGAGGGUCCAGCCGUCCUCCUAUGUGCCAAUCCGUCCCCUGCAGCCUCGACCGCGCCCCCUGCUGGCUGGGGGCGGCACCCAGCCCACCCUGCCUCCCCGGAAUCUUGGACUCCCUCCCCCCAAAUGCUGGGUGUGGGGCCUAACGGUUUAAGGGGACCUGCAAACCAGUGCCAAGGGAGACAUUGUCCCCCGCGCCCUCCGCCCUCCCCCCCCCAGAUCGGGAGGGAGGCCACAGGUGGGUCUGAAUCAGGGGACUUUCCCGUGAAAAGUGCCUUCUCUGUGACUCAGUCCCACUGUGCCAUGAGAACUAAAGGA